AUGAAAGCAGUGAAACCCAUGAUGAAAAAAUUUGUUGGUGUCCGACAAAGGCCAUCAGGGCGGUGGGUGGCUGAGAUCAAAGACUCCUCUCAGAAGGUGAGGUUAUGGCUUGGUACCUACGACACCCCUGAAGAAGCUGCUCGAGCCUAUGAUGAAGCUGCCCGGGCCUUGAGAGAUUCAAGACGUGCGCUUAGCUUUUCUUCAUUAAAAGCGAGGCUCAGCAAGAACUUACAAAGCAUCAUGGCAAGAACCACAGAGAAUAAGUCGUCACCAAAAAGUAGGGUGAGUGAUCAUUUCACGUUUGCAAGUAUAUUCAAUUUCAAGGCCAAUUACCCACCCCAAAACGGCGUUGUUGCUGACAUGGAGAAGGUUGUGCAACCCAGUGUGAUUGUGCCACCACAAACGGUGGCAGAUCAUGAUGGUGCUACCUGCACCUAUAACUCAUCUUGGGAAAGCUCAAGUGUGUCAGCUGACAGCAGCAAUGAAUGGGUGGGUUUCAGUAGUUUACAACAUGGGUUGGAUUCAGAUGGGUCGGAUACUUGUGAAGGAAGUUAUUUUGGAGACCAAAUGAUUGGAGGGUGGAUGAGUAGCCCAGAUAUUAGUGAUGGUGGUUCCAGGAGUAAAAGGUUUAAGGUUUCUUCAUCGGUUAUGGUUCCUCCAAAGUUCAGUGAUCAAACUACCGAGUCUGGUUUUCCAUGGUGA